UAUAUUUUAUCAUAUAUUUUGAAAUUUUAUUAUUUUGGUGAAGAACUCGUUGAAUUAGUCAUUAGAAUUUAAUUUUGGAUUGGUAAAAGUAAAAAAAAAAAAGCUAUCAUAAGGUGGUGAGAUUGGUAAAUGUAUAGAUUUACGUUUAGAUGGAUUUGAGAUUCGAGCCCUUGUAGCCACCACUACUAUGUUUCCCCCGACAACCAUUUGAUGCGACUAUUAUCGUUCCAAUUGACGUAAUACAAAAUGUUUAUGAAGGUUGGAAUUUGCCAUUCAUACAACUAGGGAAAAAAAUGAGAAGAUUGGAAUAAUCUAUGCACUUAAAAUGUUUAGAUUUCCCUGCUUCAUGAAAGGCAUUUAAUCAUUUCAUUUACUGAUGGUUCAUAAUCAAGCCUUUUUGUAACAAAAUCUGAAUAAUGAUGAAUGAUAAUUGUAUGCCUUCUACCUUCACUUAUUUUCAUAAUGUUGUAGUGCAAUUCAGGUACCAUAUCACGAAAAUUUAUAGGGUAGCUUGUUCAACGACAAAUUUAUACGGAUUCAAUCCAAUAUCACACGGUAUAGUGUUCGCAUUUGACACAUAAUGAAAAUGGAGAGAAUUAUGUUUUUCUCAAAAUCAUAAUGAAAGUUGGUUGAUUAUGAUUUAGCAUAAUUGUUCUCGUUUUUCUCAUCUAGCAAAAAGUAGGUUGAAUUAAGAGCUUUUUUAUCAUUUUUCACAAAGGUAGAGCAAUGGGGGGACUAAUAUUAUCAAACACCAUCUCUUUCCUCCUAUAUAAAUCCACCACACCAUGUUCCCCAUUUCCUCGAUCCAUCUGAUCAUCAUCUCCAUCGUGGGCUAUCCUCCCAACCGCCGGUCAGUGGUAAGUGAAUUUCCGGCGACCGUGAAGAUGACGGUGAAAGUGAAGGCGGUGGCGACUGUGAAAGAGACGGCUGGUGGGUUCCUUGGGAUCGGCGGCGACGGUGUUUCAGACUUCUUUGGGAAAGGCCUCCGGUUGCAACUCGUCAGCGCCCAACUUCAUCCCGAGACGGGGUUAGAAAAACCAGUUAUCGAAUCACGUAUGAAGAGAACAAGCAAAAAGAACGGAGAGGUGAAAUACGAGGUGGAGAUCGAAGUUCCUGACGACUUCGGAGAAGUUGGUGCAGUAAUUGUGGAGAACGAGCACGGUAAUGAACGGUUGCUAAUCGAUAUCGUCCUCGAUGGGUUUGUCAAUGGUCCGGUCAACGUGGUUUGUGACUCUUGGGUCCAUCCCAAGUCUAAGGACUCCAAGAAUAGAGUUUUCUUCACUACCAAGUCAUACUUGCCGUCGGAGACACCUGCCGGACUGACCAAGUACCGGGAGGAAGAGCUGAUACUACUCCGAGGAAACGGUGAGGGACAGCGCGAGAGAGGAGAACGGAUCUAUGAUUAUGAAGUCUACGACGACCUCGGAAACCUUGACGGCAAUCCGGAUCUCGUCCGACCCGUCCUCGGUGGCAAAGACCGCCCCUAUCCUCGCCGGGUCCGCACCGGCCGUCCCCGACCAGAAUCCGGUACGUAUUUUACGCUUCUCUGGAUCAAGAACAUGCUGCCCCUCGCGACGGGAAACUCCGAUUUCUACGUGCCGCGCGACGAGGAGUUCUCGCAGUUGAAGAAGUCGGCGUUCUCUUCCGCCACGGUGUCUGGGGCGCUACGCGCGGUGGUCCCGACGGCGGAGACUUUCUUGAUCGAUUGGGAUUUAGGGUUUCCGCACUUGACCGCCAUUGAUUCGAUGUACGAUCAAGGCCUUAACCUCCGUCCUCGCACGGCGGAUUCCCCCUGGACGGAUAUCAUCCCCAGGCUGAUUAGGACCGUCGCUAAUAGCGCCGACGACUUUCUGCAGUUCGUGGUCCCUGAAUCAAUGAAGAGGGACAGAUUUUUCUGGUUGAAAGACGAGCAGUUUGGCAGGCAGACUCUUGCUGGUGUUAAUCCUUGUUCAAUAGAACUGGUGAAGCAAUGGCCAUUGAAGAGUAAGCUUGAUCCACAGAUCUAUGGUUCACCAGAAUCUGCAAUCACAACAAAGAUUGUUGAACAGCAAAUUAGAGGGUUCAUGACCUUUAAUGAUGCUAUGAAGCAAAGGAAGCUGUUCAUAUUAGAUUACCAUGACCUACUGCUACCCUUCGUUGGACCGGUGAGGCAGCUCAAAGGAACUACGCUGUAUGGAUCACGAGCAUUGUUCUUUCUCACUCCGGUAGGCACGUUGAAGCCGGUGGCAAUCGAGCUGGUCAGGCCGCCCUCGAAGAAUGAUGGGAAGCCGCAGUGGAAGCAAGUGUUUACACCGGGGAACUGCUCUGCCACUGAGGAGUGGCUGUGGAAGCUGGCGAAAUCUCACUUCCUGGCUCAUGACUCUUGCUAUCAUGAGAUAGUCAGCCACUGGCUGAAAACACAUGCUUGCAUGGAGCCGUACAUCAUCGCCACAAACCGGCAGCUGAGCGCUAUGCACCCGAUUCACAGGCUAUUAUUGCCUCACUUCCGGUACACCAUGGAGAUCAACUCUCUGGCUCGCCAAACUCUGGUCAAUGCUGAUGGCAUCAUUGAAUUAGGCUUCUCCCCUCUCAAAUACUCCAUGCAGCUCAGCUCUGCAGAUUAUGACCAAAGAUGGCGGUUCGACUAUGAGGCUCUUCCCAAGGACUUGAUCAGGCGGGGAAUGGCCGUUGAGGACCCAUCAGCACCACACGGCCUGAAACUGACAAUCGAAGACUACCCAUACGCCAGCGACGGCCUGAUCCUAUGGGACGGCUUACACCAAUGGGUCGCCGACUACGUCAACCACUACUACCCAAACCCAUCCCUCAUCAUCUCCGACGCAGAGCUCCAAUCCUGGUGGACCGAAAUUCGCACCGUCGGCCACGCUGACAAGAAAGACGAGCCAUGGUGGCCAUCUCUCCGCACACCAUCCGACCUCAUCGAGAUAGUCACCACCAUGGCAUGGACAGCAUCAGCGCAACACGCCGCGGUGAACUUCGGGCAGUACACCUACGGCGGCUACAUCCCCAACAGGCCUUCGAUCGCCAGGACCAACAUGCCAACGGAGGAUCCCACCGAGGAAUCAUGGAAGCAGUUCAUCGAGGAGCCCGAGACGGUGCUCCUCGAGAUGUUCCCUUCCCAGCUCCAGGCCGCGGUGGUGAUGACGAUGCUGUCCCUGCUGUCGAACCACGCCGCCGACGAGGAGUACAUCGGGCAGGCGAUGGAGCCCUGCUGGGGCAACGACGCGGCGAUCAAGGCCGCGUUCGAGAGGUUCAGCGGCAGGAUGAAGGCGCUGGAAGGGGUUGUUGACGCGAGGAAUGGGAAUGAGAAGCUGAGGAACAGGAAUGGUGCUGGUGUUCUGCCGUACGAGUUUCUGAAGCCGGUUUCCGAGCCUGGUGUUACUGGUAAAGGUGUGCCCUACAGUAUUUCCAUAUGAAUGUGACCAUCUCUCCAUUUUGCAGCUCCCCUGCAGAUUGCCCUGUGUAUGAUGAUCAGGGAAACUACUGGUUUUGUUGGGUGGAUUGUUUCUGUGAUUUGAGUUGUGUUUUUUUUUAAAUCCUAUUCGUUGUUUGAUUACUGUGAUGUAAAUUGUAAACAGUUUUUUUUCUUCUCAGUGUGAUUAAAUUGCGAUUCGGUUGAUGAUGCUUCAAAAUAAUAUGAUCCAAACAUCUGGGUUUUCUUCUUCUUCUUCUAAUGUCCAUAUGGUUCGGUCGAUGAUGAUACUCGCGCGAUUCAUAGAUGUAAGCACGUAUGCAAAUAUCAUAAUCAAAUUUCUGUUAAUUAUAUUGGAUUAGCCUACUUACAAGACUUUGACAUAUACAUUUACUUACAAGAUUGCGUAUUACCGUCUAACUCGUAUUAAUAAUAGAACGUUCUUGGAAUAUACCCAUUACAUCGUAACGAAGCCAUUGGCUAAGAUCAACGUCGCACACAUCGAAGAGAUAGUGUGCCAAAAUUACAGUCAUGACCUUUACUUGCAAGAAAGUCAGCUGCACAAUUUCCUUCUCUAAGAACAUGGGGUUCAUUAAUAGCUCGAGAUAAACGUGGUCCAUUAAAUUUCCUCCCGUCGGACGAUAAUUAUCGUAGCAUAAAUAUUCAACACUACUCUCGCUCGCCGUCGCCGGUCCAUUUCCUCCCGUCGCGACAAACGUGGUCCACACUGAAAUGAUGAAGCACGAGUUAGUUGUUUAAGCACUCGUCGUCGUCUUUGCCGCGGCCACUUUCCACACUGCCGGGGCAACUACCGGGCUGUUGGCUGCAUGCCUGCAUGAUGUAAAUGGUGGACACGUGCACGGUCGGGAUUGGACCAUGAACGCCCGGCCGGCCGGCCGGCUAGUAUUUGUCUCUUACUCGCUCGUUCCAUUUAUCGUCGUUAAAUCGUUAAUGAAUUUCUACCAAAAAAAAAAAAAAAUCGUUAAUAAAUGGAUGUAUGUACGAGCCGGGGACCAAACCAGACGUUGAAGUGUAUAAUAUACGAACGGAUCGAAAGCCGAUCUAGCUAGCUUCCAGUUCCGAGCAAAUUGUCGUCGCCGGUCAGCUUCUAUCUUUGGGACCAAACGAUACGAGAUUUUGUUUUGUUUUUUGUUUUUUUGCACUGAUUUUCCACAUUGUAAUGAUGUCUGAUUCCUGUGAUUUCGAAUCUGAGUUAUUGAUAGGGAAAAAAAGAAGUUCAUUUACAUGUGUACAAAGAUACUAAGAACUUCGUGGCUGAUACAUUGCUUAGCUUUACUAGAUCAUUCCUUAUCGUUAUAAGGGCGAACACGUUUUUUUUUUCAUUCACGCUAUCAUUCGCUUGAUUACUCGACAAUGGAAGAUAUCGGAGGCACAUCAUGUAAUUUUCGUCACAGGGUUUGUUUGCAAAACAUCUAUAGAGAUCAGGCUAAUGUCAAAUUAUUUAGGUUCCCUUGGUUUUGUUUUGUUUUUAUUGCAGUUGGGCGAACGCUUUCGGUCAUUGAAUAAGACAUAUUAUCCAUAUAUCAAUAGUAAAUUUUGGAUGAAAUAUUUCAAUUAUGCAGGUCUCUGAUGGUUUUUUAUCAAGCCAACAAUAACUCGUCACGUGUACGAUUAUUUAACUUUUUUUUUUGUUGACCUAGUAAUGGAUGAUAGACUCGUAAGAGAACAAAUGUCUUGAAUAUUAUUUUUCACUAAUAAUUAUUGUGGAAUUCAGUGAGCCUAAGGUGACCUAUAUCAAUAUGCAUCACCUUUGUGGUCCUUCCAACUUCUUGUACAAAGAUGAACGAAAACCUCCACAUCAGGCCUCAUCUACUAGCCUCUACUCCAUUGGUUGAUUACUCUAUUGUACAUUUUUUGAAUGAUUUGGACUAGUCAGAGAAAAAUCAUUUCCAAAUAAGCCUAAACACUUUCACAUGUGUCCUUUCUGAUUUAUCAUCAUAAUAGCUACCAAUAGUUCAUUGAUAAACUUUACUGUUUCGA